AUGGACGGUGAAAACAUGACUCAGACCAGGGCGUCUACUCGGACGCGCAUCCCGCAGGGACUCCGGGAGGCCAGCUCCGCGACUACUAACUCGCGCUCCGGCAUCAUGCCACCAGGAUCGAUCGCGAGCAAGGCGAUGAGCAUGUCGCCAACUCGUCCCAAGACAGCGAACCCAGAAACGAAGAGACCAGGCUCCGUCACCCGACAGCCCACCACCAAGGCGCAUACCCGGGGCAACUCUCGGCCCCGGCUCCCGCCCCCCUCUGCCAUGUCCCGACCCCAAGCAUCCUUCAACGGGCGCAAACCUGUCGGCGCAUCGAUUCCGCGCGCAGCGAGCGCAUUGGAUACCCAUAUGGAAGACACCUCCCCAAGUGUACUGGGCAAACGAAAGGGUACGCGAAUUUUUUCUUUCUCUCCCAGUCGAAUCCCCCUUUACUCCCUUGGACCCGUCACCCCCAGAUUGGAAGAGACUUGUGAUGAGUUUGGGCAAUCGCCCGAAACUUCUUGUCUCGAGGAGGCUGUCUUUUCUCCGAACUUAACGCAUGCAAUGACCAUCCCCGUGGUGCGCCCUACCCCGUCUCUCAAUGGACCCAGUGGGAUCCCAACCCCACCUGGACUCGUGCAAGCUGUACCUCCUCCCGAAUGCUUCAUUGUACCUGCCAGACCUUCCAGAACCCCUUCCAGAACCCCUUCCGCUUCUUCAAUGCGCUCACCCCCCAAGCCCCCACCACGACCUUUUUUGUCAAAGGGUUCCUCGACCAAAAGUUUUGACCAUGUCACAGGCCCCGAAUGGGAUCAAGACUCCCGCGAACGCAAUAUGGAGGAAUUGAUGCAGACAUUCAUGACCCAUAUGAACCAACAAGGUCAAGCAAGUUCUGGCCUCAAGGAGACUGUUGAGGUGUACAAGACAAGGAUCAAUGAACUUGAAACUUCUCGCGAUAGCCUAAAAGAAAUUAACGUCACACAACGCGUGGAGCUGGAGUCUUUGCGAAAUCAGUUACAAACGGCAGAGCACGUUCUGAAAGAGGCCAAGCGAGACCAAGAAAUCGCAAUGGACGACCUCGACCGACGCCAGCGCAUUGAAAUGGAAUCGAUCCAACAAGACAACAAGAAGGAGAUGGAGGCGAUCAACUCUCGACAUCAAGAAGAGGUCCGUGAACUAAAAAGGCAGUUCGACCGCGAAAUUGAGGAUGAAAAGGCGGCCCGAGUACGAGCUCUCGGCCAGCUUACUUCCCAAUCUGCCCUGGAUACUCAAAAGUCGCAAAUCGAAUUGGAGCGCAAGGAUCGGGAACUCAACACAUUGAACAUUGAGCUACAAGAGUUGAAGGAAGACCUAGCUCGUGAACGGAAAUCUGUCCAAGACCUCAAACAAAACCUGGAUAUCGCAAGCAGUAACAGCGUCACACUGGAGUCGUCCAUCCGGGCUCUCAAAGCACACAUCGAGUUCCUUGAGGGUGGAAGAGAAGAGCAGUCUAAAGCCUUUGAACGGUCCAACCAGCAGAUGAUGGACGCACUUGCUGAGACAGAUGCUAUCAGGGAAAAGUUGCGUAGAGAGGAGACCCUGCGUCGCAAACUUCACAACCAAGUGCAGGAACUAAAAGGCAACAUCCGUGUGUUCUGCCGUGUUCGUCCUUCGCUCAAGAGUGAGCCUGCUUCCCAGCUCACUCUCAUGCAAUACCCCGACGAAGCCGAUGAUGCCAAGGAGAUCAAUAUCCUGGGGCCCGAGGAAAAGACCAGCCUUGGAAUGGUCAGCCGCAAGAAUAAUACCUUCUCCUUUGAUCGCGUGUUCAAUCCAACCACCCAAAACGCCGAGGUUUUCGAUGAAAUCAGUCAGCUUGUCCAGAGUGCCCUUGACGGAUACAAUGUUUGCAUUUUCUGCUAUGGGCAGACUGGUAGUGGUAAGACGCACACAAUGUCAUCGGCUGAUGGCAUGAUUCCCCGUGCUGUUCACCAGAUCUACGAGACCGCCCAGGGCCUGGAGGAGAAGGGUUGGCGGUACUCAAUGGCAGGCAACUUUGUCGAAGUUUACAACGAGAACCUCAACGAUCUCCUGGGUAACCCCGAUGAGUUGGACAAGAAGAAGCAUGAGAUCCGUCACGACAUGCAGCGGGGAAAGACCACCAUCACUGACAUUACCACCGUCAAUCUCGACUCGCCCGAGAUGGUGGAGUCCAUCCUCAAAAACGCUGAUGCCAACCGCUCAGUGGCAGCUACCAAGGCCAACGAGCGCUCAUCCCGGUCGCACUCAGUCUUCAUUCUCAAGCUCACCGGUGUCAACCACAUCACCGGUGAACGAAGCGAGGGCACUCUCAACUUGGUUGACUUGGCAGGAAGUGAACGCCUGAGCCACAGCGGAGCCACAGGUGAGCGCUUGAAGGAGACGCAAAACAUUAACCGCAGCCUCAGUUCUCUGGGCGAUGUGAUUUCGGCCCUUGGCCAAGGCAAAGAGGGAGGCCACAUCCCAUACCGAAACAGCAAGCUUACCUACUUGCUUCAGUUCUCACUAGGUGGAAACUCCAAGACACUCAUGUUCGUCAUGGUCAGCCCUCUCCAGGCGCACAUGUCGGAGACCUUGACCAGCUUGAAAUUCGCCACCAAAGUACACAACACCCACAUUGGCACUGCCAAACGACAGGCGCGCGUCCGUGACGCUUGA